AUGGCGACCUCAAACCCUCAGAUCCUCACCAUCGACCCCACCCACCCCAAGCCACCCACAAGACACCACCACGAAGGCCAUAACGCCCCAUCCUCCAUCCCGCCUAGUCUUCCCAAGGCUAAAGCGACAAAGGCCCAUCCCAGCAACCCCGGGGCUGAGAAUGCCUCGAUUUAUUUUGUUGGCAACGCGACAACUAUCAUACAAUGGCAUGGCGUCCGCAUCAUGACUGAUCCCAACUUCCUCCACGCAGGCGACCAUGUUCACCUCGGUCCCGGCGUGGAUUCCGUCCGGAGAAAGGAUCCGGCGGUGGAUCUGGAGGAUCUGCCGCGGGUGGAUCUGGUGCUGCUGUCGCACUAUCAUGAAGACCAUUUCGACCGACAUGUGGAGGCCUCCCUCCGGCGGGAUCUCCCCAUCGUCACCACGCCUCACGCUCAAUCCAUCCUCACAUCCAAGGGCGACGACUCAUUUACCCGGGUUGCGGCCGUGGAUGUGUAUAAACAAGCGAUGGUAGACAUCCAAGGUGACGCAGCCGGCAGCAAGCAGCCCCGGUUGAGAGUGACUGGCAUGCCAGGAAAGCAUAUCCCCAUGGGGAAGCCGCUCGAGAAGUUGAACGAGUUUGUUGGCGCGAUCCCGCCAACCAACGGCUGGAUGCUCGAACUCGGGUACGGGAGCCCUGGAAGCACGGCUGCUAAUGACUUCGAGCCAGGGUAUCGGAUCUACAUCUCCGGAGACACGUUGAUGUUUGAUGAGCUUAAGGAAAUCCCCCGGCGGUAUGAUGGUCAGACCAUCGAUCUGAUGCUGGUGCAUCUAGGAGGCACGAUGGUGCCUUCGCCCGCCAUGUUGCCGCUGGCGAUGAUGGUGACGAUGGACGCGAAACAAGGGGUAGAAUUAAUGCGCUUAAUCAGGCCGCAGGUGACGAUUCCCAUCCAUUUCGACGACUAUGACGUGAUGGCCAGUUCGCUGGAGGAUUUCCAGGCACAGGUGAAAGAGGCGGGAUUGGAAGGGGAGGUGGUCUAUUUGGACCGGGGGGAUGAGUACCGGUUUCAUGUAGGUGGGCGUGAGGAGAAGGAGUAG